GUUUAACUUCCGACGGUUUCAUAACAAGUCUCUGGAAAAAGAAAAAGUUAACGGAUAAAAUGGCGGUGAAUUAUAAAAAAAUUUAAAGAAUUAUAAAUAGAAGAAAUACAUACAUAUAUUAUGUAGGUAUAUGUGAAAAAUAUAACAGUAUUAUUACCUAUGUAUGUGUGUAUAUAAGAUGUGUUAUUAAAAAAAGUUAAAAAAAGUACUACUACUUAAUGGAAAUAAAUAAUCAAAGCGAUAAAACCCAUUGAUAACAUUAAUUCACCAAAAAAGGGAUGGUUUUUUAUACUAAAGUCCUUAAAAAAAACUUUUAACAAAUUAAUUACUUUUUAUUAAUACCUAUAACCCAAAAAAAGGACAAUAACAACAUAAUCCUUCAAGAAAAAAAAACGAAUUGAAAAAUUUAAACUUUAAUUAUGACCGAAAAUAAGGAUAAAAUUGUCGACAAGGACAAGGAUAACAAGAAUUCGAAAGAGUGUGAAAUGGUAAGAGAAAAGGACAAAGACAAAGAAAUACAAGAUGAAGAUGUUCAUCAUUUGGAGAAAACAGCAAAAGAACAGGCAGCAAAAAAUGAACAACAGCAUACACAUCCACAGCAUGACAGAGCACUACACAAAGAUGACUAUGGCACGCAGCGUGUCUAUAAGAAAACCUCACCCAAUUGCGUUUUAACACUGUACUUACCCUCACGUGAAAUUACUUUGUCUGGCAGCAGUCCCUCAAUAUUGCGUGGCAUUGUGUUUGUUGAUCCAAAGGCCAUACAGGGAUAUCGUGUCUAUGCGCAAUUGACACUAACAUUUCGUUAUGGUCGUGAGGAUGAGGAAGUAAUGGGUUUAAGGUUUUGUAAUGAGGCUAUCAUGUCAUUGCAUCAAAUAUGGCCCAGAAAUGAAGAGCCCAGCAAGGACUCAUUAAGUCCUUUGCAGGAAGCCCUUUUGAAACGUUUAGGCGAUGGCGCCCAUCCCUUUACUCUGACAUUGACAGCUCAGGCACCACCCAGCGUACAACUAGUACCAGCCAAACGUUACUAUGGUGCCCCCAUUGGCACCAGCUACGAUGUUAGAUGUUUCAUUGCUGACAAAUCCGAUGAAAAAUUUCAUCGACGUGCUUCUGUGAAAAUGGGUGUACGUGUGAUUUAUCGCACAGAUGUCUUCAAUCAUGGCAUCACUGGUCCGGAAAAUUUCGCCGCCUUAGUAAACAAUCCAGUAUCCUCACCUCCACCCCAGGCUAUGACCUCUGCGAAUACUCAUUCUACUAUAGCUUCCUCUUUAAGUACUCAUACCACCAUAAGUGAAACUCAAUCAGAUACAACGGCUCAUCAUCUACACCAGCAGCAACAUCUGCAACUACAGGAAACAGCAAGUGCUGAAACGUCUUUGCAUGCUACGAAUGCCCAUGAAACACGUUCAUUUGCUAAAGUUCGUAAAUCUGAUAGGGGUGACUCAUUUCCUAAGCUACGUUUGUCACCGAAAACAUUUCGUUUUAGCAAUCGUUUUGGUCGCAGCAAAAGUGAGGUGGAAAAAUGUCCCAAUGAUCCGUUUCAUAAUUAUAGUAAAUCGUUUCAAGAGUAUGACAGUGUUUGCACCACUAACUUAAGUGGUGGCCCUCAGGGUGCUGUUGAUAAACCCUUCCUACUGCAAGAUGGUCGUGUGGGUUUACGUGCCAGUUUGGAUAAAUCCUGGUAUACGCAUGGUGAGGAUGUUUGUGUCACCAUAAAUAUACGCAAUGACAGUAGAAAGACUGUAAGAAAAAUUCGUGUUUGUGCCAUCCAACACGUUGAUGUCUGCAUGUUUAAUAAUGGAAAAUUCAAAAAUGUAGUAGCCGACUCUGAUAAUGUCUCACCACCGCCGGUUGACCAGCAUGUUGCUCCCGGAACUACUCUCAAUACCACCGUUAUUUUAAAACCUCAACGUGGAGCCACCAAAAAUUGGAUCGCUUUGGAGGACACACUACAGCGUAGUACUGAACCAGAUGAAAUAACCGCCGAUAUAGCAGCUUCCGCUCUACGUACUCCUCACUUUCUAAUGCAAGCCAAUCACUCGCCUAAUAAAUGCUCAAGUCCUGGUGUCCUAAUACCACCCACCGCUUUAACGGCAGCUGUCACCCACGGUGCCACCAAUAGCGAUGAACGUAAUGUUUUUGCCAUUUAUGUGUCCUAUUAUGUUAAAGUCAAAUUAACUCUGUCGGGUAUGGGUGGGGAAUUGUCUCUCAAGUUGCCGUUUUUACUAGUGCAUAUCGAUGAAGAGCAGAGGUUGAAGCACGAAAAGCAGAAGAUAAAACUGGAGGAAGUACCUGCCCAUAGGAGGAGUACCAAACACUCUAAGUCACCAGAACGCCAGAAACAGUCAUCCGAGGAGUAUACCUUGCCAACCAGUUUGGAUCGUAUUGAAUCCAUAGAAGGCGAAAAUGUCCAUAUUAAGGUAACCCAUGUAAGCAGCUGUGAUGGUGAUGGGGUGGUAGAGGCCUCCAUACAGGCAGAGGCUGAAGACGAAAUAGCUGAGGAACCACAACCUUCUACUAGUUUGGCUUUACGUCGACGACGCCAGUCGUUCAUGCGCUGUGAAAGUAUAGAUCAUGGUUUGGAAGAUGAUGUGACGGUAGGAAAACCAGUGGAUUUGGAGAAGGUGUUGCAUGUAGCUCAAGUACACACUGAGUCCAAAGAGGAAGAGCAAACAGAGCAGUCAGACAGUAAUAUCACUAAAUCAUGAGAUAGCGGCGGUAUUUAUGGCAAAACAUGAAGUUAUUUAAAAUCGAAAUUCUCUUGACAUCUAGAAGGAUGAUAUCAUUGAUAGAAGAAGAAGAAAGAUAUUUCAACAAAUUGAUGAUUAUUUAGGCCAAAAAUUGGUUUUGAGCUUUAAUUUGUUAGUAAUUGAUCAAAAAAUUAUAAAAGUUAAAACCCAAAAUUAUGUUUGAUGUUUAAAAUGCUUUUUAUACUCUGAAAAUGUUUAGUUUUGAUAAUUAUCACAAAAUUACAGGAUAUUAAAGCACAGUUCUGUUUAAUUUAUUUCAAUUUAAAUAAAAUAUAUUAUUUAUUUAAUUAUAUGUAUGUUCCUUUAUAUUUUAAAAUGCAUAAAAACUAUUAAGUUAUUGUUAUUAAACUGCAUAAAUGUUUUAUUAAUUAAGAAUCAAGGAUAUUUGUAAAAAAUUAUUAAAAAACAAAAAUAAUAAAUGUGAUAAUUGUU